AAUUCAGGCAGGCGACUGCAUUGACUCAAAGCGGAGAGAGAGAGAGAGAGAGAGAAAAAAAACAAGCGCGUGCGCAGCUCGUGAAGAGCGUGCGAGUUUUUUUUUAUUUGGUUUCUACUCAGUUUUAAUAGCCGAACACGCUGAGUUUGGCUUGGUGUACGCGGUGAAGACACGCGUGAACAUGUGGGGAGAAGAGUGGAGCCCUGAACGAGCCUCAGUUCUCAGAGGACUCUCAUCAUCACAUGAAGCCAUUUGAAGAGCAGGACCAUCUCCAGCUGUGCCUGUGGUCAGGAAAUCAGGGUACGGGCGACUGCCUCAGUGUUCACCCAAGACUUGGAAGAAGACAUGCUGUACAUUUAUGAGCAUAGAAGCUUCUACGGAUCUCAACACCAUGGCACUGUUCGCAUCUCAACAGUGAAACCAGUCAAUUAAUAUAUAGAGUCAGCUUGCAUUUGACUUUGGUUUCUUCUGUCUAUGUCGAUUGGACCCCCCUCCUCCCUGUUUUGAAUCUAAAAGCCAUUAGAUCAUUGGGUGGAAAGUAACUGAACAUUUUUUCCUCUGUUGUGGUGGUCAGCCAUAGAAAGGACUAUAAUAUUGAACAUGACUCAUGGGGAAGAGACUGGCCCUGAGACACACCAGGAUUCUGCUGUUCUAACGUAUCUGGAAGGCUUACUCAUGCAUCGGGUAGCAGGAGCGCAAGCUGCCACCGCAACAGACAGAGGUGAGGCUGGCAAUGCCAAUGAGGAGCAGAAAAACAAGGAAACAUCAGGGCUUACAUUGCCCCGACACAGCACUCCACAAGAGCAGGACAAAACAACUCCCCAUGGAGGGACCACGCAGCAUCUCAGAAAGGCUCGGCUUCUCCGAUCAGAAGCUUGGACUGAGCAUGAGAGCAAAAGGAGAAUAACACCUUCUGUGGAAGUUAAUGGGCGAAUGGAAGAGCACCACGGUGGCCUGAAUGGUUCAUCGCAGUGUAAAGGAGAGAGCACGCUGCUAGCAAGUCUGCUCCAGUCCUUCAACACAAGACUUCAAAACGUGGCCCUGUCACAGCAGAUUGUCCAGAGCUUGAUGCCACAGGAUGCCUCCAGUCCAGUCAGUAAACCUGACCCAGAAGACAAGGCACCCGGGCAUGGUCAUGGAUCAGGGCCAAGUCAUUUCAAAGGGAGGACAGAGAGCAGCAAAGUCCAGAAAGCCAUCAGCAGUGAGUCAUAUCGCCACAGACGGCCAAGUCAGGAGAGGUCAUCAGAGUCUCCAAUGGCACUGCAGCACAAUACUCGUUCCCCUUCAACAGAAUCCCUUCCUUGCACUGAGCGUUUGAAAGCUGUUGCUAAUCUGGUAAAUAUCAGGUCGAGCCCUGCCCCAUCACCCAAACCUAGUGUGGCCUGCAGUCAGCUGGCCCUACUGCUCUCUAGUGAAGCUCACCUGCAGCAGUAUUCCAGAGAACAAGCCCUUAAAGCUCAGCUAGCUGGGCGAUCAGCCAGCGAAAGGCUUGCAGCUAUGGCCACACACCAAACCCAAGCAAAGACACAACCUUCAACUUCUGCACAGCCUCCGACAAACCAGGACGGACUAAGCUCCUUACAAAUCAAAAAUGGGAUACCUGCUCAAAUGUCAACAAGCUCCAACAGACAAAGUCCAAGCGUUAGUACAGGCCAAAGUAGGUCAGAGGGUUCAAUGCGGAGGACACAACCCUUCAGAGAGCGCCGGCCAGGCAGGCCAUCGCAGAACUGCAGCAGUUUGCUUCUUCAGCUUCUAAAUAGCCAUAACACUCCACAACGACCGAACUGCCAUGGCCACCUUAAGGAGGACAUGAGUGUCCCCUCUAAUCGCGGUUCCCCACUGUUUUCAGACAGCGAGCAUUCAAACUCUGGUAGCAGUGUACAAAAAGACAGCAGUGAUGCUGAGAGCACUUACUCCAGUUGCUCUCCGAUUGACCUCUCUCUAAAGAAUAAAGUAAAUAUGCCAACACCACUGUCUUCCUCAUCUUCACCUGCACUUGACAAGGUCACUGAGUCUCUGAGAAACAGGUGGAAGUCAGGGAGUCCAACUGGCAUAGUCCCCACAGAACCAAAAGAGUUACACAACAUUUGUCCAGAGAUGAAACCUCAUCACAAGGUUACCCUUUUGGAGUUGCUUCUCGAUCACAAAAACAACGAGAAGGCAAGCAAGGCCUUAGUUAAUCCUGAUUUACAGCCAGUUAUAAUCCAAUCUAAGGUCAGUAAUCCAUCUACAAGCAGUCCAAGUCCCUUUUAUGCUGGCAGGUGUAAGGAUACAAGGGAACUUAGCCCAAAUUGUAGACUGAAUACGAGAAGUCCUAAGCUACUGCCAACAUUCUCCCAAGGCUCCAGAGACUGUAAUACCCGUGCUUCACCAUACAACUUAUGUAGCCCUUCACAUACCCAGUCUGCCCCUUUGGAUCUGUGUAAAACUAAAACACCUUCAACUGUUGCAAGAGUUUCAAGUGUUAAAGAACCGUUCAUUGCCAGCAAACUCUUGCAGAACUUGGCUCAGUGUGGGAAACAAACUCCCACCACUUCUUCUCCCCCACCAAAGGCUUCGUUACCUCCCAUCAAAAGACAGACACAAGAACUUAAAUCAUCAUCAGGUUCUGCAGCUUUGCUAGAAAGGCUCACAGCGCCCGUUCAGAAAAGCAACACCCCAACCUGGGAAGGAAGUCAUAUGAAAGUCCCAGGUGUAGCAGAGCCAACACAGCAUGGGUCAGAGAUUGAAAAUCUUCUCGAGAGGCGCACGGUCUUGCAACUUCUUCUUGGGAAUAAAACCCAACGAGAAAGAGUUGGUCAUAAACGAAAGAGAGAGUCUGCGAAGGUCAUUUCCACAGAAAAGCAAACCAACCACUCGCAAUGCCAAGAUAAUUUGAGUAGAUCCUCAACAGAUGUUUCAGUCAAAACUGAGCCAGUGGAAGAUGAAAUUUAUAAUGACACCUUACAAAAAGUUACGAAGCAGCAGCAAAGCUAUUUAGCAGAAUCACCAAGAUACAGCUCUCAUAUUGCUUAUCAGGAAAGCAUAAAAGAAGAGCCACUGUCACCGGUGGAUACAGCCAGAGAUGGUCUGCUUUGUCAUCUUCUCCAACAGCAACACAAAACCUUAAAGCCAGCCACAGUCACAAAGGACUCAAAAAAGGGCUUUGUUAAAGAGGAACCAGUGGAGCAUCAGGGACCAACCAUCCCAAAGAAGCGAAAGUUUUCAUCGGUUGAACCAGAGGACCAGAGAGCUGAAGUGAGCCGACAAGACGUCUGUCACAGUCCUGGUACCCAAAAGGCCAGUAGUGACUACUCGAACUCUGGAAUUCCUGAAAAUCAGAAAUCCAGCAACCCAUCCAGCCCUCCGGAAGCUGACAGUCCACCAACUAAGUUUCCACAGUGUGAAUCUCACAGUAACGAUGGCCGUGGAUUUAAUGUUUUGAAACAGCUUCUUCUUUCAGAUAACUGUUUGAAGGAACUGUCCCAGUCCAGGAGUACAUUCAGUCCACUGGCACAUCCCACGCUAAAUGGGAGUACAAUCAAAGAGCCACAUAACAAUGGGGAGCUACAAAGCCUUCGUCAGCGCCUGAGUCCCAGCAGUGUGUCUACUGUGAGAGCAGGUACAAACAGACCUGAAUCUCGUUCAGAGAUCUCUGUCCACGUAACACAGCAGGAUUCUUCCAGGUCAAAAGCUGACAUCGCCCCAACCUCCCGGGACUUGAAAGCAUCAGUUAGUUUGGUGAACCUGGAUGAUAAAUUGCAACAAGACUGCCAGCUAGAAUCUCCACGAUUGACUAAGGCUAACCCUAUUUUAUACUACAUGCUCCAGAGGAGCAAUGCACAUCUGGUUAGAGAGAGUGCAGAGCUCGAAGCAAGGUCAGGACAGUGCAGGGUGCAGAUGAAGGUGAAAGAGGAGUCUGAGGUCUUUGACUUCAAACUAAACCCACAAAUUCACAACGGAACUCUCAGUUGUGACUCACCGCGGCUAAACGGGUCACUGAAGAAAUCUUAGUCACAAAGUGAUUCAGAUCAAAAGACUUCUGGAGUUUUGGAAUGAAAAUGUGCUUGUCUUUCUUCACUCUGCUUCCUUAUCUGUAUUGCCAUUUGGUUGGUCAACUGAUGAAAGCUGAGCCGUCUGAUUUUGUGUACGUUCAUGGCCCCACUGCUUAAUCUCCUGUCCUUUAGCGCUGUUUUCUGGAUGACUUCCUCAAAUUCACAAAUGCAGAAAUGAAACAUUUGCUUUCUAAAUCUAAAUUUGAACCCACACUGUAUGCCAAAAGGGUUAUGGUAGGGUGAAUUAAGGGUGAUUGGGAUGUCAAGUUCUGUAAUACCGAUGUCAAAUUUGAUCUUAAGGUUUCACAUUCUUGUUUUUUUUCCCCUUCACACAAGAAAUAUAACCUUGCUCAUUUAAACUCUUUCAUCUGACCAUAUAUAUCCCAAUCACCCUGAAUUCACCCUACUUAAAAAAAGAAGUAAAAAUGCCUUCACAAGAGUUGCGUUCCAAAGCCAAGGCUGCAGUCAUAUGGAGACUUCUUUUCCAGAGCCUAUUGGUCACGUAUGUUUGGUAACUUAUAUGUAAUGGAUCAUUGUAACGAGGCCUUCCUUGUCUUGAUGUUACAGGAAAUGUCCCACCUCUUGCAACUGCGGCACUUAUGCUUUGCCCGUGCAAUAAAAUAUGUUUUUGGUUUGGAAAAUAUACUGUCCCAAAAAUAAUUGCACUAUAAUUAUUUUAGUCAAUUAUCAUGUAAGAGCUUUUAAUGCUACUGAUAUAAUGACUGCAAAUAUACAGCUCUGGCAAAAAUUAAGACCACUUCCAUUUCUGAAUCAGUUUCUCUGAUUUUGCUAUUUAUAGGUAUAUGUUUCAGUAAAAUGAAGAUUGCUGUUCUCCCAAAUUCCAAAUAGAAAUAUUGUCAUUUAGAGCAUUUUUUUGCAGAAAAUGAGAAAUGCCUGAAAUAAAAUGAAACCAUGAAAACAAGUUCAUAUUCAUUAAGUUUUAAGUUUUUAAGAGUUCAGAAGUCAAUAUUUGCUGGAAUUAUUACAGUUUUCAUGCAUCUUGGCAUGUUCCCCUCCACCAGUCUUACACACUGCUUUUGGAUAACUUUAUGCCUUUACUCCUGGUGCAAAACUUCAAGCAGUUCAGCUUGGUUGGUUGACUUGUGAUCAUCCAUCUUUCAUCAGGUUUUCAAUUUGAUAAAAUCAAAGUAACUCAUCAUUUUUAAGUGGUCUCUUAUUUUUUCCAGCGUUGUAUAUCGUCAAAAA